GCAAACUUGGGUGAACUACUAUAGCUUCCAAUGAAAGGAAUGGGCAAACAGAAAUCGAGUGGUGACAAAAGUGCAGAAUUAUACCUCUGUUAUCUUGUAAUUUUUAAAUCAAUAUUAAGUUACUAAUAAAAUAAAAAAUAUAUAGCAAAAACAAGAACAGCAAAAGAUUGAAAAUAGGAGGAGUGGGAGACAUAGAAUCUUCAUCAAAGCCUUUUUCUCUCCUCAACCAGCUUGGUGGCUGCUCUUGGUUGGGGGCCAUCCCGCACCUAAGGCAAGAAGAUGGUGGCUGCAAAGAACAUGAAAGUCUCUAGAGUCAAUCAACUUGAGGUACCAGCUGGUGAUGAAAAGCAGGAAAUAUGUGCUGGAUACCAGCAGACUCUGAAGAUGAUCAGACAAGGCAAAGCCAAGCUGGUCAUCCUUGCCAACUGCCCUGCCUUGAAGAAAUCAGAAUCUGAGUACUACGCCAUGUUGUCCAAAACUGGUGUUCAUCAUUACAGUGGCAAGAAUAUUGAAUUCGGCACAGCAUGUGGAAAAUACCACAGAGUCUGCACACUGGCCAUCAUUGAUCCAGGUGAUUCGGAUAUCAUCAGAAGCAUGCCAGAACAGACUGGUGAAAUGUAAACCAUGCAAGAUUUUUCUGUAAUAAAGCAUGAAGAGGUUUAUGAUCUCACUCUCAGGAAGAAGUUGAAAAACAAGAUCAGAAAAGAAAACACAAGUAGAACCUGAACUGGAAUUGGCGUAUUGCACCAAAGUAAAAGAC